GAAGACGCAUUUAUCUUUCCUCUUCAUUACAACUAGGUGGUACUCAAGUUCAUAUAUUUAAGAUGAAGUCCCAACUCUCUAGCUUCUUCAAGACAUUCGACGUCAAGUUCCCUAUUGUCCAGUCUCCAAUGGCUGGUGCAAGUACUGUUGAGCUGGCUGCUAUAAUCACAAAUGCUGGUGGGUUGGGUUCAAUCCCAUUAGGCUCUGCAAGUGAGAACCCUCAAGUCAUUGAGAAUCAAGUAUUGAAAUUCCAAUCAUUAGUCCAAGAUGAGAAACUGAAAAGAAAUAUGAAUCUUAAUUUCUUCACGCACGAGCCACCCAGAUUGGACCAAGAUGUUGUUCAUCAAGAAUGGCUUAAAAAGUUUCAUGGAUAUUAUAAAAAGGAAGGAAUUGAAAUUAGUCCAAAAGCUGAGAGUCUUACUUGUCCAUAUCCAACUUUCAAGUCAAUUGAUAGCGCAGACCACCAAACUAUUCAGACCUUGAUAAGAUUGAAGCCUAAAGUUGUUAGUUUCCAUUUUGGUUUACCAAACUUGAAAGUUCUAAAGACUUUACAAGAUGCAGGAAUCAAAGUUUUCAUAAGUGCUACGAGCCUUCAAGAAUUUCUUGAAAUCUCUGAAGCUGGUGCCGAUGGUGUUGUACUACAAGGAUGGGAAGCUGGUGGACAUAGAGGGAACUUUGUUCCAAAUGACAUUGAGGAUGAACAAUUAACCACUGAAGAGCUUGUUGAAAAAGUGGUUGAUUUUAUCGACACGAAUCAUCAAAGAUUUGCAUCUGGUGAUAAGGCUCCAUUUAUCGUUGCUGCUGGUGGAUUAUAUGAUGGUGAAACUAUUGCAACAGUAUUGAACUAUGGGAUCGCAGCAGUGCAAUUAGGAACAAUAUGGCUACCAACAAAGCAGGCAACUAUUUCACAUGAGCAUAGAAACUUGUUUUUUGUGAAUCCAGCCAGAGAAACCAUAAUGAGUCCAGCCAUAUCUGGUAGAAAUUUAAGAACUAUAGAAUCUGAUUAUUUGAAAGGGUUAAAGAAGAACUCACCUCUUUCUACCAUUCCUGACUAUCCCUUACCAUAUUCAAUUUUCAAACAAUUAGCAGCAGAUGCCAAAAGUGCAGGUGUUGGACACUCUUAUAGUGCCUUUUUGGCUGGUUCAAAUUUCCACCAAUCUAAAAGAGAUACAGACGACGCAGCUGAAGUCUUUGAACAGAUCCUUGAAGAGCUGGACUCUCGUGGAUACCAUUUCAAGAGAUACAUCUAAACAUAUAUC